GCUAGCGCGUGGCUGCGAGCGCUGUCAAUUUUCCAAAAAGCGAUGGAAGUGCUUCCACCUACCUCAAGGCUCUGCACCCCUGUGGCGGCCGCCGCUGCACGUGCCAGCAGCUGGGCAAUCGCCUUGGCAACCUUAGACUUGAUGCGGAGAGCUUCUAUAGACCUUCAGCACGCCAGCGCUUCGGCGUUGGUGGCCUGUGCGCAAGCGCAGCAUCGUGAAGCAGCUCGCUCUUUGUUCCGCGGCCUGGGUCGCGACGGCGGAGGAAGAGCCCACGGAGUGCUGGGCAUCCAGCAAGGGGGAGAGGCCCAGUGGUUUCGGGAGCUCCUCCUGCGUCCCAAAGCACCUGGAGGAAG